AUGGGGGUCGAAACGGACGCCCCCGCGGGCGACGUGACCCCGUGGGAGCUGGGAUACCUCGACGACGGCGACGACGCGCUCGCGGCGCUCGCGGACGACCUCGCACGGCAUCUCGACCUCGCGCGCCAUGUCCUGCCCGAGUGCCCGCACGCGGAUAUCCUGCGCGCGCGUCUCGCCUCGCUCCUGCGCGCGUGCGAGCGAGCCCCGGUGGUCGCGGUGGAGGACUGGCGCUCGUCGUCGGCACGUCUCGGCGACGAUGAAGCAUCGGGGUCAGCUCCGGACGGGGUCGCGCUCGCCUGCGCGAAUGACGUCGUCGCUGUACUGAUGCCGAGCACCGAACUCGGGGGAUCGCGCCCGGCACGCGAGGCGCCGCCGGAGAUGGUGCGCGGCGACGGCGCGUCGCGCACGCCGCGCGCCAUCGACGCGUGGUGGUUCGCAGACGCCGUCGUCGUCGUCGCAUCAGCUUCUCAGGAGCGGACGCGACGGGAGAAUCUGGCGGACAAAUCGAAAGACGUCUCGAAAGGACAAGGACCGUUCCCGGAACAGAAACCGGACCACGGGGACCGUUCCCGGAACAGAAACCGGACGGACGCGUCGACGCAGCAUCCGCCGCCCAGGGACGCCAACGCCCCGCGCGGCGCUCGGCGGUUUUGGUCGUCGCAGGCGUUCGCGAAAUCGCCCCUGGCGGAGGAUUCGUUGGCGGCGGCGGCGACGGUGGCGCGGCAGCUCGGGCCCCUCGGCGCGGACUCGGCGUUCGUGAUCGUGCAGGACUGCGAGAGCGCGCGGGAGGCGAGGGACGCGCGCGGGUGCCUGGUCCACGCGGGCCUCGCCGAGGCGAAUGUGUUUUGUCUCGAAAAGUCGCUCGCGGACGAGGAGGUCCGUUUGGAUGGCGGGAUGGGGGCGAGUUUUCGAAAGUGGCGCGCGGCGUGGGGGCGCGAUCGCGCGCGGCGCGUGGCGCGCGACUACGCCCCGGUUCGCGACUGCGUGCGCUUCUGGGCGAGCUUCGGGACGGUCAAGGACGACGGCGGCGGCGACGGCGGCGGUCGGGGAGCCGGCGCGGCGCUCAGAGAAGCGGCUUCGGCUUCGGAAUCGGAAUCGGAAUCGAUGGGCGACCGUUACGGCGACCGUUACGCGAGGGCGGCGCGGGAAGCGCUCGAGGCCGCACACGCCGAGGCGUCCCUCGCGUCCCUCGGCUCCUUCCUUCGAACGGCGCUCGAGGGUUUGCCGCGCGUCGGCGUCGGCGGAGCCUUCGACGUCGCGAGAAAGAACCGGGGAUCCGAUCGCGCCGCGCUCGCGACGUCCCUGUACGGAUCGUCCGCGUUCGAGUACGCCGCGGGAUUUUUCCUGUCCUGGACCGUCCCCGGCCCGCUCGCAGCGCACGCCGCGCACUUCACGAACAGGUUCCGAACGGCUUUCGUCUGCGCUCUACUCGCGGGGGAGUCGCCGCUGGAUCCGAGAGUCGUCGCGGCGGCGAUUGCGGUGUGCGCCGGGGCGGAUGGAUCGCUCGCGCUCGACGCGACGCUCGCGACGAGCGAACGGAGGGUGGAGGUGCGGAGGCGCGAGGAACGCGCCGCGGCGUCCUCGAGGGCAGAAAAAGCCGAGGAGGAACGCGAGCGGAAACGUAGCACCGCCGCCUCAUCGCGCGAACUCGCCGGCGCUCGGAUGGACGCGGCGGUGUGCAAGUCGCUGGUGGAUUCCACCUCGGAGCUUCGGCGUCGCGCGAUGCGCGCGAUGCGAUCGGUGACGGACGCGGGCGUCGACGCGCUUCGAGAGGCGGAGGCGGCGGCUGUCGACGCGGCUCGCGUUGUGUUCGACUCGGCGAAAACGGAAACGGAAACGGCCGCGAAAACGGUCGGGCGCGGGACCGCACGGUCCGAGUUGAAGCCCGGGGAGGUGGAAGACAUCGCGGAGCGCGCGUUUAGCCGCGCGUUGGCGCGAGAGACGGCGCGGCGGGUCGCCGUCGUGGUCUGCGGGCCGAUGUGGCUCGGCGCGACGCAGGCGGAUUUCACCAGCAUGGCCGCCGGGGCGAUGAGCGUAUACGCGUGCAACCAGUCGAUGUCGCUCUUCCUGCCGGGGUCUUUGCGCCGCGGGGAGAGCGCGGAGGAUGCCGCCGCGAGGCGCGCGUUGACGCCCUCCGACGGCGCCGUCGAGCUCUCCCUCGACGUCGACCUCGACGACGAAGUCGACGACGACGGCGACGACAACUUCGGCGCCGACGAAAGCCCCGAGUUCGCUCCUCUCCGACGCCGAGCGCUCAGGGUCAGGGUCACGCUUCGACCCGUCCCGGUCGCCGGCGGCGUCAUGGGCGAGGUCAACCGUGUGGCCAACGAGACGCGAAAGGGUCUGGACGCGGCGGGGCGGUCCAUAACCUCGGCCACAGUCGCGGCGAGUCGAGCGACGAUGGACGGGGCGCGGGCAGCGGGUCGAGCCAUCGGCGAGGUUGGCAAAAACAUCGCGGGCGCGGGCGAGUGGAUCGGCGCGUCCGUCACGUCCGUCGCGUCGAACCUCGCGUCAAAACCGGGGGACAGACCCGAACCUCGCGACGGUAAGGAGGACGGACAUCGCGUAAUCCAUCGCGAAGAGCCGGGGGCGAGGGGCGCCGAGGCGGCGAGUCCUUCAUCGGGACCUUCAUCGGGACCUUCGGCAUCGUCGGCGUCGUCGUUUUUCGCGGGUAUCGGCGCGGCGGCUCGAUCGCCCUUUGCGUCCUCCUCGUCGAAUCAAUCGACCAGAUCGCCGAACGCGCCCAAUCAGAGCGCGUCGUCGGUGCCGUCGUCGUCGUUCACGUUCGACGGACCGCCGAUCGUCAAGGACGUGUCGUCGCUGACUCCCGCGCAGGUGGAGGCGGUCAUCUCCGACCCGGCGGUGAACGCGGCCAUCGGCAAGCCGUCGAUGGUGAUGAAGAUAAUGUCCGACCGAAAGGUCGUGACGUCGCUGAGGGACCCUCGGGUGACCAAGGCGUACAUGGAGUUCACCAGGGAGCCGUGCAUGUUCGUCAAGUACAAGGACGACGAGCGCGUCCUGGCCCUGGCACAGAGGGUGCUCGAGCUCAUCGCGGAGUCCGGCGACGAGGCGCUCAUCGAAGUCAUGGACAGGCACGACCUGUUUCAGCCGCCGCCGCCCGACGCCAUGGCGAUGGAUCCGCGCGAGAAGAGCGCGGAGUACGACGCCAUCGCCGCCAAAUACGGCGGCGCGCCCGGCGGCAACGGAUCGCCGCCGCGGAACGAACACGGCGGGUGGCUGGGCGGGCUCAAGAUGCCGACGGUGACGAUGCCGGUGAUACCCGCGAUGGGUCUGCCCUCCGUCAAGGUGAAGAUCCCGAGCUUCGGGCCGGCGGCGGAGACGACGGGCGGCGGCGCGAUCCCCGCGGCGGCCACCACGAAGAAGGGGCUGACGAACGUGGCGACGGGGGAGGCGUCCGAGGAGGACGACUCCGACUCGGACGAGUUCCUAGACGCGGAGAGCGACUAA